CGUCACCUUAUUUUGUUUUAUUUUUUUUUCCUUUUUUAAAACAUUUGAUUUCACGAUCAUCAUCAUCAAUAGAAUAAAGGCAGAGAGCCCUUUGAUUCAUAAAUUUCAAUCAGCUCUCGCUUUUCUAUCUGUUUUCCGCCUUCUGAUUUCGCUCGUAGAUGGAAUCUGGGCAAGGUGCUGAUGCUUCUGAUGUUGAUGAACCUACAACUACUAGUGAGAAUGCCACCUCAAAACAAGGUGAUUCAUCAUCACAUGGGCCAACUAUAGAUCCAAUUUCGAGAGAUGAAAAUAAACUCGGCGAGAUUCUCAGGAACUUACAGAAUGUGUCAUAUAUUUACAGACAAGAUGUUGUGAGAAGCAAAACUAACAAUAAGACUGGGAUUGUGUCUGAAGUUGCCGGUGAUUCAGAUUCUGAAAGCAGCAUAACCGAUGAUGAAGAUGAGGAUGAGGGUGAAAAAGAUAAUGAGACUGGUUGCAAUGACGAAGGUGAUGUGGAAAACAAAGGCGAUUCUGAUAGGAAUGCUGCUGAAAAUACUGAUGGCAAUGGCUCCAAGCACACUUCACUUACCGCUGACCAAGUUAGAGUGCUUUGGAUGGAUGAGUCAGAAACUACAGAAAGUAUUGAUGAUGUAACAGUUGUUGAUAGAGGAUAUUUACAUGGGGAUUAUGUUACUGCUGCCUCUGAUCCAACGGGUCAAAUUGGUAUUGUGGUUGAUGUCAAUAUUACAGUCGAUCUAUUAACACAUGAUGGGUCUAUUGUGAAGGAUAAACCAUCUAGAGACUUGAAGCGCAUUAGAGAUUUCACUGUCGGCGAUCAUGUUGUGCUUGGGCCAUGGUUAGGUAGAAUUGAAGAUGUUUUCGAUAAUGUUACUGUUCUGUUUGAUGAUGGUUCUGUCUGCAAAGUCAUGAAAGCUGAUCCAUUGCGUCUCAAACCAGUUGGAAAGAACAUCCUUGAAGAUGGACAUUUUCCAUAUUAUCCAGGCCAACGUGUGAAGGCAAGCUCUUCAUCAGUUUUCAAGAAUUCCAGGUGGUUAUCUGGAUUGUGGAAAGCUAACCGACUGGAAGGUACAGUGAUCAAAGUCACAGUAGGAUCAUUGUUCAUUUACUGGAUUGCUUCUGCUGGGUAUGGACCUGACUCAGCUACUACUCCAGCAGAAGAGCAGACUCCUAAAAAUUUAAAAUUGUUGUCUUGUUUCACUCAUACAAAUUGGCAAUUAGGUGAUUGGUGCCUCCUGCCAUCAUUGGGGUCGACACCCAUGCCCUUAGACAAGGGAGUACCCAAAUCAGAAUCUCAUGAUUGUGUUAAGGACGAACCUGAAUCUACUGAAACAGGUGAUGAGUCUGAUGCUGAAGUGACUACUACCGAGGAAUCAACUGGGUAUAACAGAUUGACCGGAAAUGAUUCAGAGGCUUCUUCUAUUAAGAACGAUCCUGCAGCUAGUUUAGGCGGCAGUUCAGUGUCAGAUUCAAAGGGAACUGCACAUGAGAGCUGGCCUCUACACCGUAAGAAGAUCCGUAAAGUUGUAGUCAGAAAGGACAAGAAAGCCCGAAAGAAAGUAGAAAACUUUGAAAGAGCCCUUUUAAUUAUCAAUACAAAGACAAAAGUUGAUGUUGCUUGGCAGGAUGGAACGAUAGGACGAGAUCUAGAUUCGACAUCUUUGAUUCCCAUUGAUAGUCCUGGGGAUCAUGAGUUUGUCGCUGAACAGUAUGUAGUGGAGAAGGCUGCUGAUGACAGUAAUGAUGGCGUAGAGAUCAGACGUGUUGGUGUUGUAAAAAGUGUUAAUGCAAAAGAUCGGACAGCAUGUGUCCGGUGGUUGAAGCCUGUUGCAAGGGCAGAGGACCCUAGAGAAUUUGAUAAAGAGGAAGUGGUUAGUGCAUAUGAGCUAGAGGGGCAUCCGGACUAUGAUUAUUGUUAUGGAGAUGUAGUUGUUCGGCUGUCCCCUGUUUCAUUACCAACCAAAAUGAAUUCUUUUGUGCACUCAAUUGAAGAUACACCACUUAUGAGUCCAGAUGAGUCCAAACCUGACAUAGGAAAGCAUCAUCAAAGUAAGAGCAUAGAAAAUACAUCUGCACGUGACAUGUCUAUCGAAUUUUCAGAUCUUUCUUGGGUUGGAAAUAUCACUGGACUGAAAGAUGGUGACAUAGAAGUCACAUGGGCUGAUGGGAUAGUAUCCACGGUUGGUCCUCAAGCAAUAUAUGUUGUUGGUCGUGAUGAUGAAGAAUCCAUUGCAGCUGGAAGUUAUCCUAGUGAUGAUGCGGCUAGCUGGGAAACUGUUGAAGAUGACACCAUAGAGACUGUUAAUAAUGUACAGGAGGACCACGGGACAAUUGAUGCUAGUCACAUCAUGGAUGAGAUUGAAGAUAGUGACAUUUCGGCAGAAAAUUCUGGAAACAAUGGAGCUCUUUCAAUACCCCUUGCUGCUCUUGGUUUUAUGACCAGACUGGCCUUUGGUAUAUUUUCAAAUAGAAAAAAGCAGUCUGAUUCAUUGGAUUUAGAUACUAAAAGUGAAGAUGUUCAUCAAUCCAAUGAAUUGGUUUUUAGUAAAGAUUCUCUCGGUGAAUCCAGCUCCCAGAAACCUAAUGAUGUUGAGUAUCAACUUUCGGAGCUGCCAACUAAUUCUGAAGGAGAGGAACAUGAUGUUACUGAGGCUGUUGAUUUGUUAGAAGGUGUUGAAACUGUGUGUAACUUAAGACCACCAGAAUCAGAUGGUGCUCCUCCUUGUGAUGAGUUUAUUUCAACAUUUAAAGGCUUUGAUAUUGUCCGAGAUCCUACUGACCAUUACUUUCUUAGCGCACUCGGGCAGAAUAAUGCUCCCAGGAAGUGGCUCAAGAAAGUUCAACGAGAUUGGGACAUUCUUCAAAAUAACCUGCCUGAGGGGAUAUACGUACGUGUCUAUGAAGAUAGAAUGGAUCUUUUGAGGGCUGUCAUAGUUGGAGCUUAUGGGACACCUUACCAGGAUGGCCUUUUCUUCUUUGAUUUUCUCCUUCCGCCUGAAUAUCCGGAUGUUCCACCUUCAGUAUACUAUCAUUCUGGAGGGUGGCGAAUAAAUCCAAAUUUAUAUGAGGAAGGAAAAGUAUGUCUCAGUCUUUUGAAUACAUGGACAGGUAGAGGAAACGAGGUGUGGGAUCCUUCAAGCUCAAGCAUUCUUCAAGUACUCGUUUCACUUCAGGGGCUUGUACUAAAUUCCAAGCCGUAUUUUAAUGAAGCUGGGUAUGAUAAACAAGUUGGGACGGCGGAAGGGGAGAAAAAUUCAUUGUCCUACAAUGAGAAUACAUUUUUAUUGAACUGUAAGACGAUGAUGUAUCUGAUGCGAAAACCUCCAAAGGACUUUAAAGAACUUGUCAACGAGCACUUCCGGAGGCGUGGUUAUUUUAUUCUCAAGGCUUGUGAUGCUUAUAUGAAAGGACACCUGAUUGGCUCGCUCACAAAGGAUGCCUCUAUUAGCACUGAUAAUAAUGCCAACUCAAACUCAGUUGGUUUCAAACUUAUGCUUGCUAAAGUUGUACCACGACUUUUCUCUGCUCUAAAUGAAGUUGGUGCUGAUUGCCAGGAAUUUACGCAUCUGAUACAGUCAUAGCAGUGAUCUUAAGGACCGUAAGUGCAUCAUAAACUAUCUGAGGAACACACAUUUUUAUGUCAUUGAGUUGGUAGAAAUUUUGCGUACUCCCAAUAUAAAGACACUCGAAGCUUCGAAGAAGUUGAGCCUUGGAUUGGAUCAUGAAUGCUGUAUUCCAGGGAAUUUGUACUCUAAUUGGGACAUUGGACGGUACAUUCUCAUGCUGGAUACUUUACCUUCAGAAGUCCGGAUUAACAUUACAUAGAUUUUACUUAGUCAACUGUAAAUUUUAUGAACUGACGGAAGGAAAACGGCUGGUGGUUGAGAAUUCUGAACUCAGGUUCGGGCAGGACUUCUGCUCUCUUUCUUUCUUUUUCUUUUUUUUUUUUAUAUAUUUUUUUUCAUUUGUUUAUUUGGCAUUUUUUCCCCUGCCUUUGAAGUUGGGCAGUUGAUAUUUUCCUUCACCAUUCAUCUCUUCCUUUUUCUUGAGGGUAGAUGGAUGAAAUUUUGUUGUAUUAUUCAGAUAUUUCAUUCAUUGCAGCUUUU